AUGGCGACGGGGCGCCUCGGGCUGGAGGAGACCCUGGGGGCCCUCAACGCGGCCCUGGGCCCGGGCGGCCCCGUGUGGUUCAGGGAGACGCGCGCCCGCCACCUGCGCGCCCGCGACUUCCUGGCGCCGCGGCAGGCGCUGCGGGCGCGCUUCGGGGACGGGCAGGUGCCCGAGCGCGUGCUCCGUGCCCUGGCGGACCUGCAGGGCCCCGGCGUGGCCCCGGUGCUGCGCUGCGAGCCGACCCCCGCGGGGCUGGCGCUCCGGCUGCAGCGCGCGGCCGUCUUCGAGCGGGUGCUCGGGGCCGUGGGCGCCUACGCCGCGCCCGCCCGGCCCGCCGCCGGGGCCCCGCGCGUCCUGCUGCACUGCCCCGCGCUGCGCGCCGCCCCCCGCGCGCUCCGCCUGGGCCAGCUGCGGGCCGUGCUCGUGGCCGACCACCUGGCGCGGGCUCUGCGCGCCCACGGGGUGAAGGUGCGCCUGGCGCCCGCCGUGCAGGACCCGCACUUGUCGGCCUUCCUGCAGCAGCUGCGGGUGGACUGGCCCGCGGCCUCGGAGCCGGCCUCGGCCGAAGCCCUGCGGAGCCGCGCUCUGGCGGAGGUCACCGCGGCCGGGGAUCCAGGAGCUCUGCCCGCCGGCGACCUGGGGGGCGUGUGCCUGAAGGAGCUGGCGGGGGGGCGGGGGCGCGCAGCCGGCUGUGACCCCACCCUGGACCGCGGCCUGGUGACCGAGGACCUGCUCGCCCAGCUGGCGGACCUGCAAGCAGCCGCGCAGCCCGGGCCCGAGGACCCCUCCCCGGGCCUGGGCGAGGCGCCCGGUCCCGGUGGUAAUGGUGACAGCCCCCUCCCGCAGGCUCCCGCUCCCGGCGCCGUGGACAGCUGCGUGGCCGUGCACGUGCUGAGCGGCGAGGAGGAGGCCCAGCAGCAGCAGCUGGACCUGCUUUGGCGGGAGCUGGACGAGUGGGCGCCUCUGGCGCAGAAGCACCUGGUGUGCGGCCCGGUGAGAGCAGCUGGGGCGCCCGGCAGCCUGACCGCGCCGGAGUACUACGAGCUCCGGCUGGCACAGGUGCGUGCGGCCUCGGCUCUGAAGCACGGCAGGGACCUGGCCCAAGACCCAGCCUGGACAGAAACCUUCAGCAUUCUCUCUGCGGCCACCAUCAAGUUUGAGAUGCUCAGCAAAGCCCCGCAGGGUCAGCUGCUCCUGGACCUGGCCGACAGCAUGUCCACCAAGGGCCCCCGGAGCGGCACCUUCGUCCUGUAUAACUGUGCCCGCCUCGCCACGCUCUUUGCGGGUUACCAGCGCGGCCUGGAACAAGGUCUGUACCCGCCUUUCCCGCCUGCGAGCAGCCUGGACUUCUCUCUGCUCCGUGAGGAGGUGAGUGCCCUCCCGGCAGUGGCUCCCUGGGGCGGCCUGGACACCACCCCAGCAGCCUUCUUCCCACAGGGCGAGUGGCUGCUGCUCUUCAACAGCGUCCUCCCCUUCCCGGACCUGCUGAGCCGGACCGCAGCCCUGGCCGGGGCCCGCACAGACAUGGUGUGCAGGUUCCUGGUGCAGCUCAGCAUGGACUUCAGCUCUUACUAUAACCGGGUGCACGUCCUGGGGGAGCCUCAACCACACCUGUUUGGUCAGAUGCUGGCCCGGCUGCAGCUGCUGCGGGCUGUGCAGGAAGUGCUCCACGCGGGCCUGGCCACACUGGGCCUGCCCCCACUGAGCUGCCUCUGAGGCCGCACGCGUGCCGGUGCCUGCUGUUCAUGAUCGUCACCGCCUGGGACUCCGCCGGCUAGCGAUGUGGAGACUAAUAAACCUACCGAGCUCUGUUCUGUGCGAGGCAUGGGUGUUCUUGUCUGCCUAGGCGGCACUCGGCUCCCCUCCAGCGCCUGUUCCGAAGUUGGGAGCCCAAGGCUGCGUCCUCCCUCCCCCCGCAACGUCCCCUCCAGGCACCCGGCCCGGCACAGACAUCCCCUCCCUGCCUGGGAGCAGGCCCCGCGCCCAAGUGCCAGCCGCCCGGGCACCUCAGUCGUACCAGUUGUAAACCUCGAGUCCCUGGCCCCCCAGAGCGCAGCGGUGACCGAACUCGGGGCUCACGGGCCAGCACUCCAUGUCGGCCACGUCCGGCACGUGGUACACCGUGCUGUUGAUGAAGGUGGGUUCGCCAUGCCCCAGGCGCCAGAAGGUCAGCCGCUGAUCGAUGGAGGCGGAGACCAUGAGGCUGGGGCUCAGGAGGUGGAGGCCAGUCACGUGAGCGGCGUGUGCACAGGGGACCGAGUGCUCCUCCCGCACCUGCAGCCGGGGCGCCAGCUCGGCACCGCCCCCAGCCUCGCCCCGCUCUGGCAGCUCCACGGCGAGCACGAACACGUGGAGGGAGCCGUCCUCGCUGCCGCUCGCCACAAGGUGGCCCCCGCGCGUGGGCAGGGUGUGCAGGCUGUUGACACCACAGCUGUGGGCCUGGACGGUCAGGCAGGGGGGGCCCAGCUCUGCAGGAGGAAGAGGCGGUCAGAGCCCGCCUGCCACGCGGUGAAGGAAAGGGGGGUGGCCCAGCGGCACGCCAGCUACUCACGAUGGGGCAGCCCAGGGUCUGCGGGCGGCUCCAGGGCCGCGGAGCCGUGGUCCAGCACCGUGGUGAGGUCCCAGAAGGCCAGGCUGCCGUCAGUGGCCGCGCUGCACAGCAGCAGUCUCCUGGGAGGCGGGAAAGGCGGCUGGUCAGUCGGGGGGACAGAAAGCAACAAAGGCGCCCAGGACCCAGGCAGCCACCGCGCAGCCCUCACCGCCGCUGGCCGGGUGCCUGGUGCGUGAAGGAGUGGACCUUGAGGACACAGCGCUGGUGGUGGAAGGUUUCCGCCAGGAGCUGCAGCCGCCGCCCCCCGUCCUGCAAAUG